AAACAACACCCAACUGUUAUCUCUCACAACAAUAGCAUUGUUAUGGCACAGGUACAAUUUCUUAUCUUCGGCCAGGACCGUAAUGACAUGUUAAAAGCGGGAUUGAUGUAACACUGUGAUAGUGUCGCGUCUGGCCGUGUCGCCGCGUGCCGUCUGCUGUGUCCCCAUCCAGCGGGAGCAGACGUGGCCGGACAAUGAAAACGGCAAGGUUCUGGAAAACAACAGACGAUUUUUCCCCCCGGACUGGCGCUAAUCUGUUCCCCAUAGAUCCCCGUGUACCCGGGCAGGUAAAGCUGGCUGAACCACCUGUACGGGCUGGAGUUUAAACAUUGCUUUUCGAUUGACAAGAAGGCGGCGUCUUGCCUCCCCCCACCUCUGUUGUGGAGCUGCAACAAUGGCUGGGACUGCUUUAAAUAAACUAGUGCACGGUUUUGGACAUGACCACGGGGGCUUUUCGAGGAGUUAAUGUGGUGUUAUCAUAACCGUGGACAGGGCAGGACGUGUUUGUAAAUGGAGAAAUCAAGUGGAGGACAUUUUGUUCACGGCACAUUUUGGAAAAAAGAUGACGAUGAGAACAACGCGACAAAACUUGCUACAACUUGCCACUAAGUGAUGCCAAGUUGUUAACAAGUUUACAUACGUUUUGGAAAGUUUCGUUACUCUUCAAUUUCUUUUUUUUCUUUCGAGAACUGUGAAACAUGAACAAAAGCUGUUUGUGUUUCUGUUUGUGGAAGUAUUGACACUUCUGGAUUGGAUAUUUUUUCUUCUCAAAUUGACAGUGAACUGUCACCGAAAUGAUUUCUUUGUUUGGAAUGUGAGGUUUAGAAUGUGAAGUUUUAAAUUGAGCAGAUUGGAGCUGGGCGAAUGGAUUACACAUACGUGGGAUACAAUGAGAGCUGAGCAAAGAUUCUGUUCAUUCUCGUCUCUUUGAUCUUGUUGGAUUUACUUAUCUGAUUAGCUGACCGCAAAGACAUGUACACUAUGGAACAGGAAAAGGCUUCACAGGAGGGCAAGAAAAGGAGGUCUUUCCUCCCCUCCUUUAAGAAGUCUUCUGGUAUAUCGCCGCCUUCACCUCAAGCUCCUCCCAGCUCCAGCACCCCAGCUCUUCUAUCCAACCUAAGCUCCGUGACGUCAUUGACAAGCUCACCUAUCGUUCAACUACCUCCAGUGACUGGUCGUGCCGCUCCAUACAGCGAUAGAGAGCAGCACCGGUCAGUGACUGCCCCAUACAGUGAUAGAGAGCAGCACCGGACAGUGACUGCCCCAUACAGUGAUAGAGAGCAGCACCGACCAGUGACUGCCCCAUACAGCGAUAGAGAGCAGCACCGGCCAGUGACUGCCCCAUACAGCGAUAGAGAGCAGCACCGACCAGUGACUGCCCCAUACAGCGAUAGAGAGCAGCACCGGCCAGUGACUGCCCCAUACAGUGAUAGAGAGCAGCACCGACCAGUGACUGCCCCAUAUAGCGAUAGAGAGCAGCACCGACCAGUGACUGCCCCAUACAGCGAUAGAGAGCAGCACCGACCAGUGACUGCCCCAUACAGCGAUAGAGAGCAGCACCGGCCAGUGACUGCCCCAUACAGCGAUAGAGAGCAGCACCGGCCAGUCCAGCUGCCGAAGAAAGAAAAAGAAGAAAACUUGUCCUUUGGUGUCGGCCUCCGUGUCGGGGCUCGGGUUAAGAUCGGCGGUAUCAAGCCGGGGAUACUACGAUACCUCGGCACCACACACUUAGCGCCUGGGAUUUUCUGUGGUAUUGAGCUCUUCGAUCCUGAUGGUAACCACGAUGGCGAGGUUAACGGACAUCGAUACUUCACCUGCGCCCCAAAUUAUGGGAUAUUUGCUCCGAAAGAAAAAGUGUGUCUUGAGACGGCCAGUGCACUAGGGAGGUUAGCGUCCGACUCGGAGGGCUGUUACAGCAGCUCCGAGAGCUUGCACGAGAGGACUAGCAAGGCGUUUAAAUGCUACGAGGAAGGGGAGCUGGAAGCGAUCGACUGCACCAAGCUGAGCCCCAUCAUCAGCCCGCAGGAGGUCGAUGACGACGUGGUGACGCGGCAACACAGAGCGUCCAAGCUGCCCAGCAAGUCCAAGCUAGCCAGUGUUUACCGCGGUGCUGACUUGUCCCCCGAGCCACUUGAGCCGCCGGACCUAGAGGAUAUUCCACAGAAAAGGGCCAAGUCAGGCCUGCCCAGAGCCAGGUCAAGUCUGCCCGCCCCUCCCGUCUCACAGUCCAAGCUGCCGACGUUCUCACGGUCUUACGCCAAAUACAGCGAGCCUCCCUCACUGUAUGCUCGCACCAUUACGUAUUCGGGCCAGCCGUAUGAGCAACAAAUCCAAGAGUCGCUGAAGAAAUCCCAGAACGCCCCUGUGUUGACAGACUCUGACGUUGACAGUGAGAGAUACAAGACCGGAAGUGCCAGGUCGUCAGAAGACUCCGAGGAAGACGGGUUUGUCAGGGACACGCUCAGCAGAGGCAUCAAGAAGCAGCUGCGAGCUGACAGCCGGCAGUACUUGAACUUUACCUUUGACCCGGAAGAAAUCACCCAGUCGCAAGAUGCAGACGACAGUGACGACAGCGAUGUAGAAACGUACCGGGCGGCCAACCCCCCUAGCACCGUGAACCCUCUGUAUGUGGACCCGCAUUUCAUUCGAGACAUUUCAGGAGAAUCUUCAGACGACGGUGUCCACUGUCAGCGAGCGUCGUCUCAGUCAGUGACGUUAGCGGAGCACAGCUCUUAUCUUCCUAGUGAAGAGUUACCCACUGUGACCUCAGCUGUGUAUUCUAGUCGAGUCCCAGGGGCGAUCAGAUCUGACAGUUACACGAUAGGUGUGGCGAAUGAGAGGCGAGUGAUAAGUAUGAGUUUUUCAGGUUCCGAGUCGGACGACGACGCGACGAGGCUAUCAGCGACUCGGUCCAUAUCAGAGAGUGACUUGCCCCCAGAGAUGCUGCCCCGUGUGGACGAUGGUAGCCUGGGUGGGUUCCCGGCGGAUAGCGAUACAGGUGACGACGACCGGAUUUCAGAAGGUGGGUAUCGCAUUGCUAAUAACGGUGAUGGCUGUAGUGGUGGCUUGCACCUUACCCGACCCCUAGACAGCCGAAAGGCUGAGAGUUGCAUUGUUACACAAGCGCAGAGUGGCGUUGGCUUAAGUCAGUCCCAAAGUUACACCGUAUGUAGUCAAGAGACGGACAACAAGAGAGACCACUCCAAGGUUGAUAGGAGCGCCACGGCGUCUCAGAGCUAUUCUAUAUCCAAGUCGAACUCGACCACGUCCUCGCCCUCGAAGAAAUAUCGGAAGAUCUCGACGGGCAGCUCGGCUAAUGACGGAGGUGAUUCCUCGUCCAGUGGCACGGAGCCCAAGACAGAUUCAUCAGGUGAGGUCAAGGGCGAAAACCUAGACGACAGCUCGACUGGAGCCUCACCGGAAGUGUCGCAAGCCUUGGAGUGGGACUACGGGCAGGAGUUUGACGGCAAGAUCCCGCUGAGCCAGCAGGACAACACCAUGACGACAUCAGCCAGCACAGGGACCUCCGAGUCGCUGAGCGAUGUGUUACGCGACAUCUCAGAACACAGUGACGGCCCCAUCGAGCCAGAAGGCGCCUCCAGCGUUAUAGACGACUCGGAUCUCUUUGAAGCGCCCGAUAACGAAUUUGAGAACAUUGACAGUCUGGAAGAUUUUCCCAUUUUCGGGAAAGACGCCAAGACAAUAAUGACAGAUUCGGGAAUUUCCGAUAAAAGUUUCGAGUUCUGCCCCAACAAAUCUUCAUCGUCCACGGUGUGUGGGAAUUCCUCAGACGAGUGCUCGCGCGAGGACGACGCCUCGUCUCACACGACCACCAGGGCCAUCAGCUCCGACUCGUCCCAGGAAACCCUGGCAGCCGAGUGCGCCGCGGACACGCCUGGUUCCAUAGAGGACAAGGACUUCCUGUCUGAGGACAUCUGCCCCACGUCACAGGUAGCCAGCUAUGACGACCUGAGCCGGAUGGACUCGUUUGGAGACGACAACUCCAACUCACCCGCUUCGGUGGUAUCCAUGGAGGACGUCAGCGGCAUGCACGACAAAACUUUGAUGUCGGAUGACGUCAGUGUCGACAUGGACUCGGACAACAGGGACGGAAGUCGCGAGGAUCUGCUGAUGAUGGCGGACACAGGCUUGGACACCGAGAUGACCGCUCUGUCCCCGGGCGGGCGUAUGGGUGGUGCGGACGGCAGGUCGCUUGGCCGGAGGGAGAGACCCAUCUCGCUAAUCUCAAGCACCAGCGCCGAUACAGGCUAUGUGCCCGACACGGACUCGGAGCUUGGGACUCUGACAACCAACUCCCCCAACACGGACUGGGUUGAUCGAAGGGGAGUAACCCACCCAACAUCACACGCUCCCACAGAGAGGGGUUUGCAACAAAUGGACAUCGACAUGGACGACAAGCUCUCAACCCCCAGCCUGACAGAGACCACCCCGACCUGCUCCGGUCACUCACUGGGCACCGCCAAGAACACCGAGGACGAGGACUACAACAGUGACCUGCAGACCAACACAGAAGAUGACCGGAUAGAGGCCGACCAGCUGUACGGACAUGACGGGACGGGCAGCCUCACCCCCGAGCUGCCCCCUCCCACUGACAUGGACGACCACGCCCACUCGUCUGGUGCUGACGACACCCACGACGUGUGUGGUGACUCGGCAGCUGGUUCUAGCCCCGCCCCCAACAGGGGCUCUAGUCCUAGAGAGGAGGACGAUGGGAAAAGUUCUAAGAAAGACGACGCGGCCCAGCAGAGGACAGGCCGUCAGAAGAAGCCGAUCACGAUCACGAAAAAACGAUCAGAAAAUGUCGAUCACAAAAUGCCAAACAUCAACGUUACGUCCAAGUUGGCGGACUACAUCAAGGCGCCGACGCCAGUCAAACCCAGGGAGGAAAGAGAACCCAAGAAAGUCUUCAACAAAAACGCCAAAAAUUUAAUGCAGAAACGUGGGAACGAGAACAAGACGAAAGCGGAAAUAAGCCGGGCGUCGUCUGUGGAUAGUGUUGACCGGGAAAAAGUGGAUAAACCCGAAAAACCGGAAAAACCCAAACCGAUCAUCAAACGGGAAAAGCCGAAGUCCAAAUGGGACAACAUCAUGUCGCAGAUUGAACAGAGCAAGGACACGACCAAACCGAAGCCAAAAUCUGACAUCAAAAGUUCUUUGGCUGCCUACCUCAGCACCCCACCCCCACAGCUUCCAACUGACAACAACGCCGUGGUGGGUGUGGUCAAGAACGACCAGCAGCCGCCCAAGAAAAGGGAGUUUGUCAAAAGGAUCAAGCCGCUCCCCCCGCCGCCCCCUAAAAUUGACCUGAGUAAGAUCAAGAGCAAACUGAACGUGCCCACAGCGGCGUCUGCCGUCAAGGCGAUGCCCAAGAGGGACGUGUCCCCCGGGCACGGUAAGGUCAAGAACCGGGUGUCCAGGGACAACUCCCCCGGGGGGAGCUCGGCCAUGCUGCAGGACGGGCUGAAGAAGAGGAUGUCGGACGGGCACAUUGUCUUGUUGAGGCAGGAGCUGUCCACUACGGUCAGCUCAGUGAGGACCAGCCGCACCGACCUCAGUGGCUGUGUCAGCAUGGAGAGUGUCGCCGACAGUAAAGGGAACACUUCAAAACGAGGCUCAGUGGACGUGGCCAUGAAGGUGGACAGAAGGUUCAGUACAAACAGCAUCAAGUCCGACUUCUCUGAUAGGACCAAACCUGACCACGCCCAGCUGAACCAGGAGGGUAGAUCAAGGAGGAGCCAGGUCAAGAGCACCAUCCCCCCACACACCCCCGUCAAACUCCCGUCUCGGGCCAUGGAGAUCCGGCUAGGUGACGCCUCGAGCAUCUCCUCACAGCGGUCAUCCCCCACCCCCGUUAUUAUCAAACCCAUUAAACCUAAGCCAAAGUCUAACGCUAACGCUAAGAACAGUCCAAGUAAACCGGCCUGGGGGGCCACCAAGCCAGCGCCCCCGCCGGUUAGUGCAUUGAACAAGGGACGCGACUCGAGCGCGAAUCGCAAGAACAAGCUGAAUGGAGCCAUCAAGUCUACCCCAGCAGCCAGCGCCCCCAAGGCCAGCACGACGGCAGCCAGCGCUGCCCAGAAGGAGAUCGAGAGGCUGGAGAGUCUGUGUGAGGCCAGGACCAAGGAGCUGACCCACACCAGGAUCCAGCUCAAGGCCACCUCACAGGGCUUCGACGCCAUGGCCGUCCUGGUCAACUACUGCUGUGCGGAGUUGAAUGCUUUCGAGUGCCCGGAACUGGCCAAGAAGCUUGAGACAGUGCAAAGGCAACUUGCUGACUGCCUAGCUCAGAUUUCCGAGCUGAGCAAGGAGAAAGAUACACUAGGCCAGCACCUGAGUGAGGUGAUACAGGAAAAGGAUGAGGCCGUGAAGAAAAUUGAGGAGGCGAUGUGUUCGGCUCAGACAGAGAGGGAGGAGCAUGCCAAGGUGACACGUGACAUGGACGACACACAUAAUGCUGCACUGACAGCACAGAGGGAUGAACUGACAUCCAAACACGAGGAGGCUAUGAAGAAAUUUCGACUUUUCUAUGAGAAACAGAUGGAAUUUAUGAAGCAAGGACAUGAGAGACAGAUCUCUGAGGUGAAGAAUGAAGGCAAGCUGGAGAUGAAUGGGAUCAGGAUAUCUCACCUAGAGGAAAUUCAGGAACUCAGGAACAAACAUGACUGCCAGAUGGAAGAACUCCACAAGCAACACAGGAACAAAUUAGAGGACAUCACAUGUAGAUUUGAGUCGAUCAAGCUGAAUCUAUCUGAGAAGGUUGAGAGCCUGAGAGGAGAAUGUGAGGACCUGAGACACAGAGCCAGGAACAGUGAGGAGGCUCUCCAGAGGGAUGCUGAUGUCAAGGUCCAGAUGGCCUUGGCACCAUUCCUGAGCUUGCCCAAGGAAAUUGAAAGUUUGAAGACUGUGGUUGAGAUGAGGAAUGAAGAAAUUCAAAAACUUCGUACCAAAAACAUGGACCUGGAGAAACAGCUGGAGGAGGUUCCCAUUGGCCGAGAGAAAAUUUUGUCCUUACAGCAAAAAGUGGAGAACUUGGAGGCAAUCAUCAACAUCAAAACAGACCAUGAGAAACAACUCCAUGAGCGCUGUCAGGUUCUGAUGAGGAAGUUUGACCGAGCCACACGAGCCAACAAGCGUCUGUCCAUGGACUACGAGCAGGUCAUGUGGCGCAUGUCCCAGAGCUCAGACUUCGGCUCCAGUGAAAGUCUGACCCAGAGGCAGCUCAGCCGCUCACCCCCCAGGUCACCGGACGGCAGGAGACGCACCCUCUCCCCCAACUCGGCUGGGGAGGUGGUCAUGAGGAAGAAGAGGAACAGCCACAGCGUGGGGGACGGGGAGAGGAAGCUGAGGUCAAGGUCAGCUACUUUUGUGGUGGAGAAGACAGAGAGCAGUGACAGCCACUCCCCCUCGUCCAGCCCCCAGCCCAAGCUGAAGCGCUGGAGGAAGAAGUCGGAGGCGGAGGAGGGUAAGGACGGCAAGUCCAGGGUGGAGAGGAUGUGUCACUCGGCGGGGGCGGAGCUUAUCUCACACCUGGAGGGCCAGGACGAGGCCCCCGGCUCCACCGACCCGUCAGACAGCAUGACGUCGUCUGUUGAGAUGGCCGAGUCGUUAGCGCGGUCUGUGUCUGGCGUCAGUGACUCCGGUGUGUAUGACAGCAUGACCAGGUCAGAUAUGCUGAACAGUUCGGUGGUCAGCACGGACUCGGAGUGGGCGGCUUCUGUCAACCUUUCCAUGACCUACGACUCAAAUAUAGACGACCUUGAUCCUGACCUUAAGUCGGGGGAUUUUUCUUCACUAAAUGAGGUCACGGUUCUACAUGGGUCAAGGUCAGUAACAAGGUCAAAAAGUGGCAUGAAGGCCAGCAACACAGUCCUGUUCUGUCCUGAGAAAAGUUGUGAGGACACAAAGACUGGACCAGCCAGGGUAGAGGAGGCUGUGGGCAGACCAGAGAAUGGUGAUGAGGUGUUUGAUGAGAGUGUUUCCAUGGAGAGCUCAUGCUGCUCUUUUGAUAACCUUGACCUUGAUAACGGGUCAAGGUUAGUGUCUGAAGAUUUCCCACCCGAUGACCCACCCCCGGGUACACCUGGCAAAGUAUCAGAGGUUGUAGUGCCUCUGGACAAGGGGGAUAAGUCAGUCUUAGUGCCACUGGACAAGGGGGAUAAGUCAGCUCUCAAGUCAAGUCAAGCAGAGUGAACACUGUUUUUAGAAUUUAUUUGCUAAACAAAAUAUUUCGCAGCUUCUUCUCAUAAUUUAUUUGACUUCAGAGCAAAAUUUUAGAUCAUAAAGUAGGUCAAGGUUGUUUCUUUAUAUGGUCUCUUCUGGUUUUUGUAGUUUGUUUUGGUCUGGGACAGGUUUGUGGUUUACAGUCAAAUAAGAACAAUAUAUGAUUUACAGUGAAAGAAAUUUUUCUUUUCUUUUAAAAGGAAAAAACUUUUGUGAGAAUUUUUUUUUUAAAAGGAAAUUGUUUUGCAACUUUUAAACCACACAUAAAGAUUUCUGUACCAGAAAUUUUUUUUUAUCUAAAAUAUUUGUAAUUAGAGUAUUUUAACAGCAAUUUUCCAAAAGAAAUGUAAUUCUAUUUUGGAAGCUAAAAA